AUGAAGAAUCAUUUAGGAAUGAAGAAAGUUUGUACACGUUGGGUGCCAAAAUUGCUUACACCAGUUCAACUUGCAAAUCGAAUGGAUUGUUGUGGAGAGCUCUUGCAGCAAAGUGAAGAAGAUCUGGUGAUGAAACUUGGUUGUGCCACUAUGAUCCUCUCACUCAGUUGGAAGGCAAGGCCUGGAAGAGAUCAGGAUGGUGUUCUACUGAUCGACUAUCUACCACGUGGUGCUAUAAUGAAUGGUCAAUAUUAUGCAUUAAUCAUCGAGCGGUUGCAUUCUGUUUUACUGGAAAAACAUCGUAACAAAGUUUAUCGUGGUGUCCUGCUUCUCCAUGACAACCUGUCUGUUCACAAGUCCAACAUUGCUCAAGCUGCAAUUCAACAAAACAACUUCAUCGAAUUGAAUCACCCGGCUUAUUCUCAGGAUAUUGCACCCUCCGAUCAUCAUCUACCGGGUGUACCAAAAGUUUUGCGACACUUUUUAUUUUGGUGA